CACCGUUUUGUUCUUGCUCCAACUGCAAGUUGCGCCAACCAGCACACCAGCGUGCCCCCUCUGCAAGCUCGUCAAGCUCUGCUUCCCACACCGCCCAGCCACAACAUCAUGUCGCUAUCCGACAAAUACCCGGCUGCUGCCGUUGCUGCCGCCGCCGCCUCGACCCUGGUGGUUGCUGCUGCCCUGGCCUACUACCUCCUCGCUCCCGCCAAACCCGUUCUGCGUCCACGAUCGCUCAAACUGCCGGCGCCGCCCCAUCUGCAGCCCGAUCCGUCGCUGGACUCGCCGUCGCUGGCAUCGCCGGGGGCCGCUGCGGCGUCCUUUCCCGAUCCCAUCCAAGGCCAAUCGCAGAUCCCCGUCUCCAUCAUCGACAAGCAUCUGACCGACUUUACCGUCCGCGACAAGGUUCUCCGAGGUGUUUUCAUCUCGCAUAAAUUCAAGAGCGAUGUCCCAGCGAUCAUCUUUGUGCAUGGGAUGGGCGGACAAAUGGAGCAGUUUGUCUUCCAGAUCGAACACUUUUCGACUGUGGCCAAUGUAGCCGCAUACGAUAUGGUCGGCAACGGACAAAGUGCAGCCACGCUCAGAGACGAGGACUACACGACCGACUCCCUGGUCGACGACCUGGUUGCCCUUGUGCAGCUCAUCCAGACCCAACACAGCAUCGGCUCGUUUGUUCUGGUGUGUCACUCGUACGGAUGCGCCAUCGCCACAAAGGCCUCUCAGCGGCUCGAGUCGCUGCUGAAGGCCAUCGUCUUCAUAGCCCCCAAGGCUUUGCACACCGAGCACGAUCAGGCACGAGUCAACAGCUUUGUGUCAACCUCGACCCCGCUGAUCGAGGUCUUCCGCUGGCGCGAUCGGUACGGAGGCAUCAACUCGCAAUCUGUCAACCGUUACGUCGCUCCCUCUGCGCCGACGGUCGUGCGUGAGUUCCAGCUCAAAUGGAACGCCUCGGUCAAAACAACCACGGCAAAGCGGUACUACAAGGGCAUCAACUGGGUGACGCCCAAUGACUAUGGAGAGAUCAAGGCCCCCCUGUUGCUGAUUUCGGGCCAGCACGACAAGGCCGUCCCCGCCAACUCGGCAGCCGUGAUCAAAGAGCAUGCAACGGGCUCUUCCUGCGUCUCGGAUCUGUUUGUCGUCCCGAACGUGGGUCAUUCGGUCAUGUUUGAGAGCCCCAACAUUGUCAAUGCAAUCGUCUACAAGUUCCUGACGGACGUGGGUCUCAAAGAGAUCUCACUGCGCGAUCAGAUUCUGAAGGAAACGGAGGGUGUGCCGAAAUGGGGGCUGAAAAACUAUCAAAAGUGGAAGCGCAUCACGCCCGUGGCGACGACUGCGGUCCGCGGAUCGUUCUUCCGCCCGAUGAAGGUUCUCAAGGAAGACGACGACGAACACACGCCCGUGGCUUUUGCAACCAGCAAUCCCGAGAUCGGCCUGGUGAUCGAUAUCUCGUUGGAUCAUCCGCCGUACGAGCCCGAGAAUCUCGUCAAGUCAGGUUGUCAGUACCACAAACUCUCAACUGUUUCCAAGAUUCCUCCCAGCCAGGGCAACGUGAACGACUUCAAAGCUGUUGUUGACGGCUUCUGGGCCGAGAAUCCGGAUCGCCACAUUGCCGUACACUGCCACUAUGGAUUUAAUCGAACUGGAUUCUUGAUCUGUUGCUAUUUGAUCGAGUGCAAGGGAUUCUCGGUUGCCGAUGCCAUACAAGCGUUUGCAGAUGCCCGGCCGCCGGGAAUUCGCCACAUGCACUUCAAGGACGAGCUCUUCUAUAGAUAUGUCGUCAGCGACUCGCUUCGGCAAGCCCAAGGCGACCCAAAAUCCAACUGAACAAACCCGCCUGGCCCGGAAACAAGCAACAGUCGACAGGCCUGGUAUCUCGCCUGUCGUCGGGGCCAUUGAUCCGACGGAGCCGGUCAAGAGUGCAAACACCACACUUUGCAUGCACUGUUCUUCUUACUUUCUUUAUCUCUUUCCUUCUCUCUGUCCUCUCGACAUAUUUUCCACCGCCAU